AUGGCCGCUGUGCGGUCGCCUCGUGCCACGCCUGGCACCAAGCCGCCAACGCCGAGCGGCGGCGGCUGGUUCGACGUGGGCGGCAAGGAGCGUAUUGAGCUGGCUUCGCGCAACGAGGCCCUCGGCGAGGAGGUGCGGCUCAAGGAGGCGCAGCUCCGGAUGCUCCGGGUCCUGCAAAAGACAUCCGCGCGAGAGGGACGCAUUGACCGCUGGCGGCUGCAGACGACGGCGCCGGUCUUCUCCGCCUGGCGACGCGCGGUCACCGCGUGGCGCGCCGAGCGGCAGCUCGAGGCGGAGCGGGCCGCGAGGGCGGCAGCCGUGUCGGCGGCCGAGGAGAAGGGAGGGCAGGUGGGGGCACUCGCCGACCGCGUGGCCCGCGUAAAGAGCAACGCGCAGGCCAAGCUCUCCGAGCUCUCCGCCGCCAACCAGCUGCUCGCCAAGGCGCUGCGAGGACCGCAGCCGCCAGCAGAGGCGGCGCUCGAGGAGAAGGACAAGGCGGCCGUCUCGCUGGAGGCGCGGGUGAAGCACCUGCAGCGCACCGCCGGCGCGCAGGGCGAGCGCGAGGUCGAGCUCUCCCUGAAGCUCGAGCAGCAGGCCGACGCACUUGCGCAGGGAGAGAGGGAGAGGCAGCGGCUCGAGGCCGCGGCCGCAGCGGCGCGGAGAGAGAGCGACGCGCAGAGGGAGGCCGGGUCGGCGGCGGUGGCCAACGAGGCGGCGGCGGCGAUGGCGCUGCGGACCACGCUGGGCGCGCUGCGUGCCGCCGACUCGGAGCUCCAAGUCGCGAGAGGCGAGUGGCUGAGCAGGCAGAGGCGGCUGCUGGCGGAGGCGGCGUGUCUCAAGGCGGAGGCGGCGGCGGCGCGCACACUCGCCGUGAUCGACGAGGGCCCGCGCAGUGCGACUCCGCGGCGCAUGCCGGCCUCGCGGCAGGCGGCGCGCGGGCAGGCGGGGCAGACGCUGCUCGAGCUCCACCUCGACAAGUGGCAGCGGGCGCUGCUCGCGACGUGCGUCCCGCGUGCGGAGCGAGAGCCCGUCGCCGACGCCGAGGCGCGCGUGGAGGCGGUCUGGAGACCGCGCGAGGAGCGGCAGGUGGCGCACGUGGCGGCGCUCGCCGCGUCGCUGAGGGAGAGCGAGGCGGGGGCGGCAGAGCUGUCUGCGCACGCGAGUGAGCUUGCCGAGCGGCUGAGGGUCGAGACGGAGGCGCGGGAGAGCCUGGCGUCGCAGCUGUCUGCGACGGCGGCGGCUCUCGCGGAGGAUGAGGCGAGGACGCUCGCCUUGCUCGACCGCCAGCGAGCCGCCCGCGCCGCCAUGCUCGGCAAGAUGUCGGGCGGCGCCUCGUCGGCUGCCUCCUCGACGCCGCCCUCGCCCGGCGCCCUCGCCCCCGCGCCGCUCAGCUCGCCGUUCGGGCCCGCAGCGUCGCCCGCGGUCGCCGUGCCGCCUCCAGCCUCGCCGGCGGGCCAAGGGGACUCGCCGGCGACGUAG